UUUUUCUUCUCCUUUUUGCUAUCUAGUGAUGUUUCUGAUAUUGUUUUUAUUAGUUGCAAUGUGUUAAUUGCAAAGAGGAAAAAAGGGAAAUUUGCAUUUUUGUUAAUAUCAGUUUUCUGUGAAUUCUUGUUUGUUUAAAGAUGCCUCUUUUAUUCAAUUUUAAUAAAUGUUGUUGGCUGGAUAUCUGUACUUUUACAUUGGAUUUAAUCUGAUAAUUUAAUUUUAUAUCAUAAAUAUCUUGUGGGGUUUUUCCCUUUUCUAUUUUUUUGCUUAAAUGCUAAAGUCGGUUAAAAGUCGGUUAUAUUGUUUUGUAGUACCAUUUUUUGCUAUUGAGUCUUAAAGGGUCUUCGAAAAGAACGUUUUAGUGCUGUUUUCUGAGGAUUUUGGCGUUCUUGGUAUUUCUUGUUUCUCUUUCUUGAUUUCGUUAAGUGGGGUUGAAUUUCUUAGUUUCGAUGUGUUAAUUGCAAAGAGGAAAAUCGGAAAUUGUGUAAUUAGAUGACGAUUAUAGUUUGCUGUUGCACAUUUAAUAUCAGUUGUUUGUGAAUUCUGGUUUGAUUAAAGAUACCUCUUUUAUUCAAUUUUAAUAAAUGCUGAUGGCUGGAGAUCUGUUCUGUGAGAUGCUUGUUGUUGUGUUUAUUAGGUUAUGGCUGAAAAGAUUAUAGGGCGUUCGAUAACUCCGAGGAACUUGAAUUUUCGAUUUAAUAGGAUAAUUCACUGUCCUGUUGGAUCUAAAUGGCUAAAGAUACUAGUAAUGCUGAAUCAGCUAAUCGGAGAGCUGGUCUCUUAAAGGACCAGGUUCGACUAGUCAAGAGAAAGAACUGUGAUCGAUAUGAAAUCGUCUCGAUACCUGAUAACUUGUCAUUUGAGAAAGGCUUCUUUGUUGUAAUCCGUGCAUGCCAAUUGUUGGUUUCAAAGAAUGAAGGAUUGAUAAUAAUUGGUGUUGCUGGUCCCUCCGGAGCAGGAAAGACUAUAUUUACUGAGAAAAUACUUAGCUUCAUGCCAAGUGUUGCAGUUAUCUCAAUGGAUAAUUACAAUGAUGCUAGUCGAAUAGUUGAUGGAAACUUCGAUGAUCCACGACUUACAGACUAUGAUACAUUGCUGAAAAACAUCAGUGAUCUAAAGGCCGGGAAGCCGGCUGAGGUUCCAAUAUAUGAUUUCAAAUCUAGCUCUCGCGUAGGAUUCAGGACUCUUGAAGUACCAACCUCCCGCAUUUUGAUUAUUGAAGGUAUCUAUGCGUUGAGUGAAAAGUUGCGGCCUUCGCUGGAUCUUCGUGUAUCUGUGACAGGUGGAGUUCACUUUGAUCUUGUAAAAAGGGUUUUACGGGAUAUACAACGUGCUGGGCAGGAACCCUCAGAGAUAAUCCAUCAAAUAUCUGAAACGGUUUAUCCAAUGUACAAGGCUUUUAUUGAACCUGAUCUCAAGACUGCACAUAUAAAAAUUAUCAACAAAUUUAAUCCGUUUACUGGAUUUCAGAGUCCUACAUACAUUCUUAAGUCUUCUAGGAAUGUGGAAGUCGAUCUAAUCAAGUCUGCCUUAUCUGAAGAACACACUGAAAGUACGGAGCAAACUUACGACAUAUACCUUCUGCCACCUGGUGAAGAUCCAGAGACAUGCCAAUCAUAUCUGAGGAUGAGAAAUAAAGAUGGAAAAUACAGUCUCAUGUUUGAGGAGUGGGUCACUGAUUCACCAUUUGUCAUAUCUCCGAGAAUCAGUUUUGAAGUUAGUGUGAAGCUUCUUGGUGGAUUGAUGGCUUUGGGAUACACAAUUGCAGCAAUACUCAAAAGAAGUAGUCACGUAUUUUCUGAUGAAAAGGUCUGCGUGAAAAUUGAUUGGCUAGAACAACUGAACCGGCAUUAUGUUCAGGUACAAGGAAGAGAUCGCCUUAUUGUAAAAUCUGUUGCUGAUAAGCUGGGACUGGAGGGUUCAUACACUCCGCGUACAUAUAUUGAGCAAAUACAGCUAGAGAAGCUUGUGAAUGAAGUAAUGGCACUACCAGAUGAUUUGAAAACAAAGCUUAGCUUAGAUGAAGAUCUUGUCUCCAGCCCAAAAGAAGCUCUCUCUCGAGCCUCAGCAGAUAGAGUAGCAUGGAGAAAUAAGAAUUUAAGAAGGGGUUUGUCCCAUUCGUACGCAAAUCACAGAGAGAAAAAUCUAUCCAAGAUUGAUACUGAUAGUCAGAGGUUUGAUGACAGAAACACUGAUUCAGCAGCAACAUUAGCAAACCAGGGAGCUGUUACACAUUUAUCGGAGCAGAUUUCUACCUUGAAUGAUCGGAUGGAUGACUUCACAUCUAGAAUGGAAGAACUUAAUUCCAAGUUAAGCAGCAAAAGAGCUUCUCCGAGCACACAAAGUCUGGCUUUGCAAGCUGAAGCUUGUAAUGGAUCCGGCCCAACUUCUUACUUCAUAUCUGGUUUAGAAAAUGGUUCCUUGACAGGAUCCAUCAUGCCAAAUUCGUCAUCCUCCUCUUCUCUAAUCCCAAAGGAGUCUACUCUGAUGGAAGAGCUAUCCAAUGUUUCACGUGGACAACGCCAAAUUAUGCAUCAGUUGGACAGUCUUAGCAAUCUUCUCCGCGACAGACUGGGAGAACAAUCACGGCAAGCAAGAACAGGCAAGAGAAGAGAUAUUCGUGAUAUUGAUAUUGAUUCGAUCAAAGUACCUCUCACUGUAACCUUAGUAGUUGGUGGAUUGGGGUUCUUUCUAUUUAAGAGCCUACAAAACCGAAACUGAUUCGUCUUCCUAAUGUAAAACCUAUGCAUCAUUGCUCCUUUAUACUUUUCUUUUCUUGAAG